GGAGUUGAACGGCUAUAUGAAGAAUAUAGUAAAUGUGGUUGCCCAGUACGUUGUCAUAUUGCAAAAUUAAGUUGAUUGCUGACUCUUUCCUUUGACAGGUGAAAAUGCCCAAGCGAGUCGCUAUCAUAGGUGCUGGAGCCAGCGGGCUACCAUGUAUCAAAUGCUGUUUGGAUGAAGAUUUGGAGCCUGUAUGUUUUGAACGGAACGAUGACAUUGGAGGGCUGUGGAACUUUCAGGAGAAAAUAACUGAUGGAAGGCCCAGCAUCUAUAAAUCAUUGGUUAUCAAUACAUCCAAAGAGAUGAUGUGCUAUAGUGAUUUUCCCAUUCCAGAAGAAUAUCCAAAUUACAUGCACAACUCCAAGAUUAUGGACUAUUUCCGUCUUUAUGCCGCGAAUUUCGACCUGAUGAAGUAUAUACGAUUUCAGACCAGUGUCUGCAGUGUUACAAAGCGGGUGGAUUUCCCUUCCUCCGGGCAGUGGGACGUUGUGACAAAGGAUGUGGAGGGAAACAUGGAAACAAUGACCUUCGAUGCUGUUUUAGUCUGUACUGGUCAUCACACCAAUCCUCACUUGCCUCUGGAUUCAUUUCCUGGUAUAGAGAAAUUCAAGGGUCAAUAUAUGCACAGCAAGGAUUAUAAACAGCCGCUGAUAUUUGAAGGGAAAAGAGUGGUGGUCAUUGGUAUCGGAAACUCAGGGGGUGAUCUUGCAGUUGAAAUCGGUCAACAUGCUAAACAGGUGUUUCUGAGUACAAGAAGGGGUGCCUGGAUAAUCAACCGUGUGGCAGCGAGAGGAUACCCUGUCGACAUGGCCUAUACCUGCCGUGUUUAUAACUUGGUCCCUCCACCUCUAACUGCCUGGGUGAUUGAGAGACGUAUAAACAAUCGAUUUGAUCAUGCGAACUAUGGUUUGCAACCCACCCACAGAUUUCAGGGCCAGCAUCCGACGAUUAAUGAUUAUUUGCCAAAUUGCAUAAUAACUGGAAGUGUUCUUGUGAAACCCAAUGUGAGCGAAUUUACUGAAUCGGCAGCCAUCUUUGAAGAUGGCACGACGGAAGAGGUCGAUUUUGUUAUCUUUGCAACGGGAUACACUUUUGCGUUCCCCUUUCUGGAUAAGACCAUCAUUGAAGUCGACGAAAACCAUGUCCCUCUGUACAAGUAUGUCUUUCCUCCUCGACUAGAACAUCCGACCCUGGCAAUCAUCGGCCUAAUCCAGCCCCUGGGAGCCAUCAUGCCAAUAUCAGAACUCCAGGCUCGUUGGGCUACGAGGGCCUUUAAAGGCUUGGCUAAACUGCCCUGUGUUGACGAUAUGAUGGCGGACAUCGUGAAGAAAAGGGAAGAAAUGGCCAAAAGGUACGUCAACUCGCAAAGGCACACUAUUCAAGUUGACGUCAUUCCUUACAUGGAUGAGAUAGCUGAACAGAUCGGUGUGAGGCCCAACAUCAUGCAGCUCUUCACCAGCGACCCACGCUUGGCCUUCGAGGUUUACCUUGGCCCCUGCUCACCUUACCAGUUCCGAUUGACUGGGCCGGGAAAAUGGCCGGAGGCUCGGGAAAUCAUCCUGACACAGUGGCAGCGCACUAUCAAGCCCACCAGAACACGCGUGGUCGCCAACGGUCAACAAUGUGCCUCUUUGCCAACGCUGCUGAAACUACUAAGUCUGCUGAUAGCUCUCAGUGCCAUCUAUCUGAUUCUCUAAUGCAGGGGCCUCCAAACCUUUCAGCAUGAGGGCCACAUUACAUAUCUGGCACAUUUUUGCGGGCCGUACACUCACACACUCCCACUCCCACACACACACACACACAGACACUCACACUCACACACACUCUCACACUCACACACACUCACACUCACUUACCCACCCACACAUUCACUCACACACACUCAUACACCCACUCUCACACACACAAUCUCACUCGCGCGCGCGCACACACACUC